UUCUAGGGGCUAUCUACAUUUUCUUACUAAUCCCUAGACCAUAUAUAGAUCUGGAUCUCAAUCGAUCUCUUUUUCUUUUGGAAACCACUUGUUUAAUGCAAAUUUUUAGUGUUGAAGCUACCCUCUUCAAAAGAGAGACAACCCAGACAAGGCCACCUAUUGGAGGAUUGGUCUGCCACAAUUUUAUACAAGAAAAUGAAGGGCUAAUGUGGCACAAGCGGAGGCAAAGUUGGUGAUGACUCUUCAGGCUAUUGCCCUAACUAAUGCUAUCCAUCACAAGAUUCUGCAGACCUCAUGCCCAAUGCAAGACCAUCUAAACCUAAAAAAAUAGCAAAUUAUUGGUUCCAUGUUACACAAUAAGUGACAAUGCAUCCUUCUCCCAAGGACUGCCCACUCUGGCUCCACAUGCCAUUCUCUCUAUCCUUAAUCUCUUUGUGUGUUCCUAUAUAUAUCCAACUCUGCAAUGUCGAGACCAAGCAACUCAAAAUACAUCUCUUCUCUGUAAAAAGCAAACACCCUUACAAACUUCACUUGAGAAUUGAAUUUCAUCAAACAGGUUCAGUUGAAAAACCAUGGCUGCCAAGUACCCUGUCAGAUCAAUCAGCUUGCCCUCAAGGUCUCACCCAACAACUGUUAGAGUUGAAGAAGAGCUCAGUAGGCUCCAACCAUGGGAGUCAACUUCAUCUGCUUCAACAUCAGACUCAAUCUGUAGAGGUCUAUCUGGUCUUGAAGAGUUGUAUGAUUGUGUUGAUGAUCUUCUCCAAAUGACAUCAACCCAACAGCUACUCUCUCAACACCAACAAGAGAAAUGCAUGGAUGAGUUGUUGGAUGGAUCAGUGAAGCUUCUAGACAUAUGUGGGAUCACAAGGGAUUUCAUGUUACAAAUCAAAGAACAUGUCUUUGCUCUUCAAUCUGCUCUUCGGAGAAGAAAGGGAGACUCAAGCAUUGAAACUAGCAUUGCCAACUACACUAGCUUCAGCAAGAAAAUGAAGAAGGAUGCCAAGAAAUUGAUCUCACAGUUGAAACAAGCAAACAAUAAAAUUGGAUUAUCACAACCUCUAGAGCAAGAUCAGCAUCUCGCCGCAGUGAUUAGGGUUCUCCGACAAGUUUGUGCAAAGAACAUGUCCAUCUUCCAAUCUCUCUUGGUGUUCUUGGCUGUUCCAGUUUCCAAGUCAAACAAGUGGUCUUUGGUGUCAAAGUUGAUGCACAAAGGAGUCGUAGCAUUUGAAUCUCAAGCAGACAUUAAUGGGCAUGAGCUGGAUGGUGUGGAUUCUGCUCUAUCCUCACUAUGCAAAUCUGCUGAAGUUGAGAAGAUUCAAAGUGCACAUAAGAAAUUGGAGGCUUUGGAAGACUGCAUUGAAGGCCUUGAGAGUGGUUUGGAGAGUGUAUUUAAGCGCUUGAUCAAAACAAGAGCUUCUCUUUUGAACAUAAUCUCACAAUGAUUUGUGGGAUUCUCGAAUCCCAUUAUUUAGUCUUAAAAAUUAAAAUUAUCCAAGGCAUCCACAUUUUAUUAGGAUUUCCUUUGAGAUGACAAUUUUUUGAGAUAUGUAUAUAUAGCUAUACAAUGAAAUACAAUUGAUACCCAAGUUUCUGA